GACACGCUAUGCGGGUUGCGGGGCCUGGGGGCCGGACGGCUGUUUCCUGUCCUGGUGCAUGGUGGUCGGACGAAGGAAUUGUUGGAAAAUUUUCUCGGAGGUAAAAGAUGUUGUUAGCCCAAAUAAAUCGAGAUUCUCAGGGAAUGACAGAGUUUCCUGGAGGAGGAAUGGAGGCUCAACAUGUUACCCUGUGUCUGACAGAGGCAGUAACUGUGGCAGAUGGUGACAAUUUAGAAAAUAUGGAAGGUGUAAGCUUGCAAGCAGUAACACUUGCAGAUGGUUCUACCGCUUAUAUACAACACAAUUCUAAAGAUGGAAAACUAAUAGAUGGCCAGGUCAUUCAGUUGGAAGAUGGUUCUGCUGCCUAUGUUCAACAUGUACCCAUACCUAAAAGUAGGGACAGUUUACGUCUAGAGGAUGGUCAAGCAGUGCAGUUAGAAGAUGGAACCACAGCGUUUAUUCACCAUACCUCCAAAGAUAGUUAUGACCAGAGCGCAUUACAGGCGGUUCAGUUGGAAGAUGGCACCACUGCUUAUAUCCAUCAUGCAGUGCAAGUCCCACAGUCUGACACCAUCUUGGCAAUUCAGGCUGAUGGCACAGUGGCAGGUCUGCACACUGGGGAUGCCGCAAUUGACCCCGACACCAUCAGUGCUUUGGAACAAUAUGCAGCAAAGGUAUCCAUUGAUGGAAGUGAAAGUGUAACAGGUACUGGAAUGAUUGGAGAAAAUGAACAAGAGAAAAAAAUGCAGAUUGUCUUACAAGGACAUGCAACAAGAGUGACUGCUAAAUCUCAGCAGAGUGGAGAGAAAGCAUUUCGAUGUGAAUAUGAUGGAUGUGGAAAAUUAUAUACAACAGCUCAUCAUCUUAAGGUCCAUGAGAGGUCACACACAGGAGACCGGCCUUAUCAGUGUGAGCACCAAGGCUGUGGGAAAGCAUUUGCAACAGGUUAUGGAUUAAAAAGUCAUGUCAGAACUCAUACGGGAGAAAAGCCAUAUCGAUGUUCAGAAGAUAAUUGUACUAAAUCUUUCAAAACUUCAGGAGAUCUACAGAAACAUAUCAGAACUCAUACAGGAGAAAGGCCCUUUAAGUGUCCCUUCGAAGGCUGUGGUCGGUCCUUUACAACAUCAAAUAUCAGAAAAGUGCAUGUUAGGACACACACGGGAGAAAGACCUUAUUACUGCACAGAGCCAGGAUGUGGGAGGGCAUUUGCCAGUGCAACCAAUUAUAAAAACCACGUGAGGAUACACACAGGGGAAAAGCCAUAUGUUUGUACAGUUCCUGGGUGUGACAAAAGGUUUACAGAAUAUUCCAGUUUGUACAAACAUCAUGUUGUCCACACUCACUCCAAACCAUACAACUGUAACCACUGUGGGAAGACAUACAAGCAGAUCUCGACGCUGGCCAUGCACAAACGGACAGCCCACAAUGACACUGAGCCCAUCGAGGAGGAGCAGGAAGCCUUCUUUGAGCCUCCCCCAGGUGAAGAUGCUUCAGGAGGAAUAUGGAAAGAGUCCAUGGAAUAUAAAAUGGGAAAUGAGUUUAAUUCUUCGUGUGUGGGGGUUUUUUGUUUUGUUUUAUUUAAGGUUGCAAUUGUGGCUCAAGAUUUAGCAGCGUUCCAUACUGCCUCAUCUGAAAUGGGGCACCAGCAGCAUAGCCAUCACUUAGUAACCACAGAAACCAGACCUCUGACCUUAGUGGCCACAUCCAAUGGCACCCAGAUUGCAGUUCAGCUUGGAGAACAGCCAUCUCUGGAAGAAGCCAUCAGAAUAGCAUCUAGGAUCCAACAAGGAGAAACGCCAGGGUUGGAUGAUUAAUCCUUAGAACGGUGGAGCAGUAAAGCAGAAGGAGCCUUUCGUCUCUGGCAGCAGAAAUCCAUGAAGCCCGGGCCCAGGAAGAUUAGAAGUUUUCCAUUCCUGUUACACUGUACACAUUUUUAUGCAAGAGUGGAGAACAUUUUAUUCUUGACACUUUUGUGUAUAUAAUUCUUGGAAUAGAUUCCCAAACUGAUUAAUUGUGUACAAGGAAGUAUGAAAUUAGGGCAAUACAGUAAAUUUUCAUGUUACUCUUAUCAGAUUGCAAACUCCUAGAGUCUACAUGAAAGACUAGUGAAGUCUUAUGCAGUCUUAUGAUGGAUUUUUAACUUACUGUGAAAAAAAAAUAAAGGCUGUAUCUAAAAUGUCAAAGGUUCUAUAUGUCAAACAAUCAUAAUUCCAAAAGCCAUCAUGGAUAAUAAAGGAUGUAAAGCCUUCAGAUAUUUCCCC